AUGAAAGCUAACGCAAGCCAGCUGGGAAGUGAGAAAGAGAAUAGGGAAAUGGCGGCCGGUGGCGGCUGUGCCUGAUCCGGAGGGAAGCCGGUGUCCAGCGGAUUUUGUGAGGGGAAGCCGUGCACGCUGGGCGGCCCGGGGACAAGAGAAUAGGAGCCGGGGGACAGGGCCAGACGGAACCAUGGUGAAGACUCGGCGGAGCGUCCAGAAGGGCCGCGAUUUGAAGUUUAUCUCCUCCAGGACCCGUUCGGGCCAGAGCCGGCGGCUAGCGGCCAUAGAUGAGAUAGACAAGAAGGACAGCGGUGAUUCUAGCGCGAGUGAAAGCCACUCUCCUCCGGCCAAACGUUCUUGCAACCAUGCCGAGCCUGUCCGCAAGGAAAGCCCAAAAACACACGCUAGCAAGCAGCGGGAGGGGUGGAGUAUGUCUACCCGAAGAUCCAGGUUAUUGUCUCAGACUGGUGCUACUUUACAGAACAGCCACAGUAGUUUAGCUAUUAAAAGUCAUCCACGCCGUGUUGAGAAAGAUGGAAGUGUUGACCGCCCUUGCAUCAACGGGGACCGAGCAGUCAGGAGGAGCUGCAGGUCCAAAAGUACAAGAUUUGAAUCUUUAAACCAGAGCUUGCUGUUUGAUCAGCUUGUAAACAGCACUGCAGAGGCCGUCCUUCAGGAAAUGGACAACAUCAACAUUCGGAGGAGCAGUAAAUCCAGGGAGGUGGAGCGGCUGCGUAUGUGGACAGACACAGAAUUUAUUAAUAAUAAGAAUAUCCAUGAUAUACAGGAGAACAUGGACAUGUAUUCUCGUGUUAAGAGGAGGAGGAAAAGUCUGCGUAGAAACAGUUAUCCAAUCAAAACCCGGCAUGAGGAAUCCUCAGAAGGAGAGGAGGAGGAAGAGGAGGUUUCAGAGGAGUCCCAGGAAGAAGGUGAAGACUGUGAUGAAGAAGUUGAGGUAGAGGGCGAAGAGGGUGAAGAGAAUGAUCGACCAUACAACCUCAGGCAGAGGAAAACUGUGGAAAGGUAUCAAGCACCUCCUAUUGAGCCAGCACAUCAAAAAAAGCGACAAAGCACUUUGUUUGAUACACACAGAUCACCUGCAAGAAGAAGCCAUAUUCGAAGAAAGAAGCAUGCAAUUCACAGCAGCGAUACCACUUCCUCAUCAGAUGAAGAGCGGUUUGAGAGGAGAAAGUCUAAGAGCAUGGCCAAAUCCAGAAACAGGUGUCUCCCUAUGAAUCUCACAGCUGAAGAUCUAGCCAGUGGUAUCGUGCGAGAAAGGGUCAAGGUUGGUGCCAGCCUUGCUGAUGUAGAUCCAAUGAGCUUGGAUAGAUCGAUUCGGUUUGAUCGUGUCGGAGGUCUGAGCCAGCACAUAUAUGCAUUGAAAGAAAUGGUUGUUUUCCCACUUUUGUAUCCAGAGAUCUUUGAGAAGUUCAAGAUCCAGCCACCCAGGGGAUGUUUAUUUUACGGGCCCCCUGGAACGGGAAAAACCCUAGUGGCACGAGCGCUGGCCAACGAAUGCAGCCAGGGUGACCGGAAGGUUUCUUUCUUUAUGCGCAAAGGAGCAGAUUGCCUCAGCAAGUGGGUGGGAGAGUCGGAGCGUCAACUGCGACUUCUGUUCGAUCAAGCGUAUGUGAUGAGGCCAUCUAUAAUAUUUUUCGAUGAAAUAGAUGGCCUGGCUCCAGUUCGCUCUAGCAGGCAGGAUCAGAUCCAUAGCUCUAUAGUCUCCACCCUGCUUGCACUUAUGGACGGGUUGGAUAAUCGGGGUGAAAUCAUAGUUAUUGGUGCUACCAAUCGUCUUGAUUCAAUAGAUCCAGCACUCAGGAGACCUGGUCGUUUCGACAGGGAAUUUCUUUUCAGUUUACCUGAUCAGAAGGCAAGAAAGCACAUUUUACAAAUACAUACCAGGGACUGGAAUCCCAAAUUGUCUAAAGCGUUCCUUGAGGAACUAGCAGAAAAAUGUGUUGGCUACUGCGGAGCCGACAUUAAAGCACUUUGCACUGAGGCUGCCUUGAUUGCCCUUCGACGGCGCUACCCUCAGAUCUAUGCCAGCAGUCAAAAGCUGCAACUGGACAUCUCUUUAGUUGUUCUUGGUGCCCAGGACUUCUACCAUGCAAUGAAAAACAUUGUGCCUGCUUCUCAACGUGCUGUGAUGUCUCCAGGACAGGCCUUGUCCCCAGUUAUCAGGCCGCUGUUGCAGAGGACGUUCUCUGAUGUGCUCUGUGUCUUACAUGACGUCUUUCCUCACUCGAAGUUCAGCAGAGACCACAGGAAGGACGAUGAUGUGAGCCUUCUUUUGGAUGAUAGUGAAGAUGAGAAUCCAGUGUCAAUAUUUGAUGUGAGUUGUGUCUCAGGAUCACCAAAGAAGCAACCAGCUGCUCCCCACAAACCCUUUCUCCAUUUUACCACAUCCGCUUGUCACCAGCCGACCUCCUACCGGCCCAGGCUGCUCCUCUCAGGGGAGCCUGGCUCAGGCCAAACCUCGCACCUUGCUCCAGCUGUCUUGCACUUGCUUGAAAAAUUCUCUGUGCAUCGUCUGGACCUACCGGCACUUUACUCAGUCAGUGCAAAAACUCCUGAGGAGUCAUGUGCACAGGUGUUCCGGGAAGCGCGGAGAACAGUACCCAGUGUUGUUUACAUGCCCCAUAUCGGGGAAUGGUGGGAGGCUGUCAGUGAAACUGUGAGGGCUACCUUUUUAACACUCCUGCAAGAUAUCCCUUCCUUCUCUCCCAUAUUAUUACUGUCUACCUCUGAAACGGUGUACGGGGAGCUGCCUGAGGAGGUGAAGCGUAUUUUCAGAUCUCAAUAUGAAGAGGUCUUUGUCGUUAACAGACCUGAUGAGGAAGAUCGUUUUAACUUUUUCCAAGAUUUGAUCCUCAGUCAGGCAGCCAUGCCACCUCCUAAAAAGAAAAACACAGAAAUCCGAUCUUUGGAAGUUCUACCACCUGCACCACCGCCUCCCCCUCGUCAGUUGUCUGAAGUGGAGAAGCAAAAGAUGGAGGACAACGAAGAGAACACUUUGCGGGAACUGAGACUGUUCCUCAGGGAUGUUACCAAGCGGCUGGCCACUGACAAGCGAUUUAACAUCUUCAGCAAACCGGUGGAUAUUGAAGAGAUCUCAGAUUACCUAGAAGUGAUCAGAGAACCCAUGGACCUUUCCACCAUCAUGACCAAAAUCGACAAGCACCACUACAUGACUGUGCGGGACUUCCUGCUGGAUGUGGACCUGAUCUGCAGCAACGCUUUAGAGUACAAUCCCGACAAAGAACCUGGAGAUAAAAUCAUCCGACACCGCGCCUGCACGCUGAAAGACACGGCACAUGCCAUCAUUGCUGCUGAACUGGAUCAUGAAUUCAACAAACUGUGUGAGGAGAUUAAAGAAUCCAGAACCAAGCGAGGUUUGUCAGUGACUUCAGCGCAAGUAAAUCCUCAAAGUUCCGUGACCCGAAAGACAGAUGCUGGGGGAGAAGAAGCAUUGCGGAGCAAGCAUGGGAUGGCACUGGAUGUCGGGAACCACUCUGGAACAAAAUGUGCUUUCCCAGUUCGCCGGAAGCAACGCCGUCGUUCGCAGUGGGGCCGUGGCAUAAUUAAGAAAAAGAAACCCAAUUAUUAUUUAAAGAAAGAUGAAGAUUCGAAGUUCCAAGAUGAUGAGGAAAAUGAUGACCCAUUAGAAAAUGGCGAUUGCCUGGAGGAAAACGGAGAAGAGACGGGAGACCACUCUGUGACAAAUGAUGAAUCCUCUUGUGAUGUGACAGAUGGAGACGUGGAGCACCAGAAUGGGAUACUUGGUAAGGGAAGCAGUUUGGAGUCCACAGAGGAAGAAAACUCCAAUGAAUCCAUGUUGGUCAAUAGCAACACAGCACUGGAAGGUAAAACGGUUACUGCCAAGAACCAACCUCUUGCCACAAACUAUUUAAACGGAAACUCUUCAUUGGAUAGCUUAGAAAGCACACCUGUAUCUUCUUUCCAAAAACGUCAUGCCCUUGUGACCGCAGACAAAGACUCUGAGACUCAAGACCCCCCAUUUAAUGAAUUGGUCAACUGUCACAACUCUAAAAAUCAUCAUAGUAAUGAAGCACCACAGCUGAUACUAGGAGCAGCUGGUCAGCAUAACCAGCGGGAAGCAAUGGAGCGAGAAGAUGAGCCAGAAGGUAAUCCAGGCAGCAAAAUUCUACACAAGGACCUUUAUUUGAACGAGAACCUUGAUCCAGAGCCACCUUUGAUUGUUGAUAACGACAAGCUAGAGAAACUGCUUAAUACUGUGGUAAAGAAAAGCUGCGAUCUGACAGUGGAUGAAUUGGAGAGGUGGUACUCUGGCCUCAGCCAGUGUAUCUACAUCCACAGGAUGGAGUAUGACAAAACUGCCCUAGUAGAGGAAAUGGAAAGGACAGUUGAGAAGUUUCAAACAUUCCUGUGAAAGUUGCCAAAACUGCAACAUUUCUUUCUGUGACUCUUCAUAGGGAGAGCCCUUUUAAGCGAUUUUUAUUUAUUUUCAAAGGCACCAAGUCUGCUCUGAACCUUGCUCUCCCAGUGUUCAACCUCCCACCGUCUGCUGUUUUAACAAGAUUGGUGCUAUCGUCUCAGGUACUUGAUGCCAACCAGCCUACUAGAACCAAACAGAACUUUGUAACCCCGGUGGACACAAACCUAACAACUACAGUUUGAAGAAUCACGGUGCUAAUGGCAGGUGGAUGGGAAGUCCACCGAUCUGUCGAAUUCAAAUGCCAGAAAGCCGUUGGCACCAGUCACCCCCUUCUCAAAAUUGGGAGGGUUUCAAUUCUUGCGAUGGAACUGUACAAACAAACAAAACUGGAUCACAAAAAAGCCAGAUGCUUGUAUUUAUUAAUUUGUCUCUCAUUUUAUCAAACUCUUAAACCAUCUUUUUUUUUUUCCUACCAUAUUUCAUAAAAUUCUCUUCAGAAGACGUGUCAGAGCUAGUUGGUGGCAGCUUACCCCAAGAUCUGACUCAGAGCUUUUUUGUGCCUUUUUAACACUGUUAGGAUUUUCCAUUGGGUCUAAUUGUUGGGAAGGAAGCAAACAAAACUUGCCAGGUUUCAAUCUAAGUUAAAGCUGGGGAGCUUUGUGACCCUUUGGUUGUUGAGGAGCCAUAGGCCCAGGCUUUCAGGUUUGGUUCUUUAACAGGUGCUGAAUGUUAGGGCUUUGUAGCAUUAGCCAUGCUCUAUUCCCUUAACAGGUGCUAACUGUUAGAUACUGGUGGGACACUCAACUUUGACUCCUCAAUACCCGCUAGCUGGCAAUGAAUGCUGGGACUCUGAUUUCUCAAACCUGGUUCAGCAGCUGCUGGCUGGUAGGGCGUACUAAGAGUUUUGUAGCUCAACUGUGAUACUACAAGAACAGUUACUGGAGAGGGCAUCCUGGUACUCGGGGUCCUCAACAGCCAAAAGUUAACCAUUAUUAGUCUAAAACCUGUUGAUUUUCCCCCCUCAUUCUUCAUUUGAGUAAAAUCGAUUGCUGCCUGUAUGUCAAAUGUGAGCCUAUUUGUAUGUGUUCUGCAAGCCAGUUAGUAUUUGUGAUAUUUGGUACUCCAAAGUGUUAAGUCCUCACUAAAACUCGCCUGCAUCACCACCAGUUUUAUACAGGUGCUCCAAAGUCCUUUGGAUACAUCUAGGUUAGAGCUCAGUCUUGUAUACAUGUUGGCACCCAGUUCACCAAAAAAAUGUUCCAGAUCUAUGCAUUGCUGGAUUUUCGGUGGCAGAAGAGAACUUUGCCACCCUAUAGGUUUGUAGAGCACACCUUUUGUAGGCACACCUUGCUCAGCAUGCAUUUGUGAAUUAUACAAGCAUGAACUCAACAAGAACCAGCUUUGUGGCUAAUUAAACUCCCGUGUUUUUAUUUGACAUGACGUGAGUUGAGGUGCUCCUUGUGCUACUGUUGUCACAUUUUAUUGAUUGUACACAUUAUACGUAACUCGGUGUUUAAGCAAUUUGGCAGAGAAAUACAUGGAGUUACCCAGUUAUCUUUGCCAUUCCAAAGUGAGAAUUGUUCCAACUUUGAUUUUUUGUUUUUCUUUUUUCUUCAUUCAAAUUCAUAAAGUCUCCAAGUUCACCUGCUUUUGAAGACUGGGAAAAUACGUUUUUAACAUGGUGUUCCGUGUGUUAAAAGAUUUAAAAAAAAAAUCCAGUCCAGUAUUGAAUACGUGAGAACAAGUUACUUUAAAAAAUUUUGGCUUCAGUUUUUUUUUUUUUUUUUAAACGUGUUUUUUUGUGACCGUGCAAUGUCUUGUCUUAACUGCUCUUUAACUCACAGCGAUUUAAUGUUACGUAUAUUUUGUCAGUAUGGCUUUUGUGGUCUUUUACAGGGUUGUUGUUUCUCCCUAUAUACAGUGGAGUCCUACAUUGUGACUCAUCCAUUUGCCGUAUCUCGAGCAUCUAGUGGUGUCACUGGCUGGCAUGGAAUCUUCCUCCACUAGAAACCCAAAUAUUCAGCCAUACGUUUUCUAGGACUGCUCUUUCAGGGGUUAAUUGGAGUUGGUGUCAUCCGCAUGUUGGCAACUUGCCUUGUUUGGCUGGGUUUUGUGUUUAGCGGAGGACGUAGGCACUGUUGUCUUAGAGUGUUAUAUUUCAGAGCAGUCUGGCAGUUAUGUAGUUAAUAUACUUUACCUUCACAUUGUGUAGCAGCUGUUGGAUGAAUCCUGUAAAGGUGCAAGGAACUAGUGAUUAUAUAAGGCACAAGACUUUAGUUCCUAGUGAUUUGAUGGGCUGCUUUAUGUGCACAGGUUCCCGUCACAAAACAGCUGACUUUACAAUGUCAGUGUCAUUGCAGUUUAGAGUGUUAAGUUAUGAAAGGAUAUCAGCUCAGUGUAAAUUAAGCUUUUUUUUUUAUAUAUAUAUAUUAUUAUUUUUUUGUACAGUCAGCAUUUCAUUUGGGUUCAUUUUUAGACUGCAGAAAAUGCAAAACCAAACAAUGUAGCAUAUUUAUUAAAUUCAAUAUCAACACAUUUUUUGUCAUGUCACACUGUCUUGUUUUUGCUUUUUUUUUUUUUUUUUUUUUCUGUAUGAAACGGAAAUGUAUUCUUCGGUUAGCGCCAAUGACAUUUUUUUUUUACUCUUGAAUAAAGAGUCGAUCCUGUCUGAUUGACCUGUGGACCUUUGAACUGCAACGCUCUGGGCCUCAGGUUAACCAAAGUUGUAGUAAAUUCAUUUUUAUUUUUUAAAUAUUAAACAAGCCUGGCUGAUUAAUUAUACCACUUUCUAUGAUUGAAACAAAACAUUUUUUUCCCUACAAAAUUAUUAUUUUUUUUUUUUUUAUCUCGUGAGGGUUUUGAAGACCUCAGGUGUUUGCUGUGUCUUUUCCCCUCCUUUUUUUGUAGGUAAAAAUUCUUCUUGCUCUCACAACUCAAAAGUAAUUCUGACAAAAAUAGACUUUCUACAAUCAAUAUUUGUAUAAAGUGAAACUUUUUACAAAAAAAUAAAUAAAAUGUUGUUUUUUAACCCUCACUGAGCAGGAUAAAUCGUACUUUAAGGCAAGGUCAGUUUUAUUAAUAAAAUUUUAAAAUAAAAUAAAAAAUGUCUUUUGUAAAAGUUGUAUUGCAAUGGGACUGCUGCUGUUUUGUUUUUUUUCUAAGAAAGAUUUGUGAAAAGGAAAAAGUUGCCCAACAGCUUUUUUUUUUAUUAACAUUGAGCACAACUGGGCAAAACUAGAGGCAACCAUUUUGCAGCUUGAGCUACACGGCAUCCUGUCCUCUGUCCUGUUGUCGCUGUGGGUGUGGCACACUAGGAUGCAUCAUCAUAAGCAAGGCCUCGGGAUACAAAAUGGUUGUGACGGCUGUUGUAAGGGGACGCUUCUCGCUAAGCACAAAUGGGUAAAACUAAAAGCAAGCCAUUUUGUACUCUGACCAACGAACGGUUCGACCUAUCAGUUGGCUAGCAAUUGCUAACAUCUCUAUGCUACAUGUUAGUUUCUGGUUGAUCGAUAGGCUGGGUGCUUGGUGUAUCCAUCAGAUACAAAAUGGCACUUUCCAUUGUGUCUAGCCGAGGGGGUACUUUUACUUUACUUCCCCUUUUUUAACCUUACCACAGCAUAUAUGAGUUGGCUGGCAAAAAAAAAAUGUAGUUCAUGUAGGAAAUAUUUUUAUGACCUUUCUUUAGGAUUAACUUUUGUUCUCGUUUGCUUUUCCACUGGGGAAUGGGGUUUACAUUUUGGAACAUUGCUUAUAUGUGUAUAUAAGAUAGGCUAAUUUUUGUACUGUUGUUUUGUUAUACAUCCUCUUGUGUUUUUGUCUUACGGGGCAUCCAAAUAAAGAUGAACGUUCAGUUUAAGAA